GUGAUUGUUUUGAUCUGAAGACGUGCAUUUUUUUUAAACAAAUAAUAUUCCUGUAUUAUAAUUUUACCACUGCAGACCUGUAUAAUGGAGAAAUGUCGAAUAUGUUUACGACAUCGGAAAAAACUACUUUCAUUAAGUACCAAAUUAAACGGAAUUACAUUUGGGGAAAUGAUGUCUGCAAUUGCUAACAUUAAGAUUUCAAACGAAGACAGUUGUUAUGAUAAGCUAUGCCGACACUGUCGUGAAAAAUUAAUAGACGCAUACAAUUUUAAAAUUGAAAUUGAGAGAUCUGAAAUGAUUCUACAAGAAACAUCUAAUAGAAAGAGAAUUUGUUUUAGCAACUUAAGGGAUAUUAAAAUCGACAUAGAAAUAGAUACUGAUUUUAAGCCAAUAUUACCAGCAAUGGACAAUUUUUAUCAAAAACUAAUUGAAAAUGGGACCAACACCUUGUCAUACAAUGAUACUUUAAUAAAAAAAAUUGAAUUCCCAAUUGAAAGUUGCAAAGAAAAUAGUAAAUCAUUGUCUGUAGGUGAAUUUUUGAAUUCAAUUAAAAAUGAAUCUGAUAAUGAUUGUGAUUAUCAGGCAUAUGAAAUAGGUGCUAAUGACUACUAUUCUGAAUCAGGCAGCAACUAUAGUAUUAGUGAGAUUAAGAAAAAAAAGAAAAAAGUUAAGAAGCGGCCAAAAAACACUGGCUCUAAAGUAAAUGAAACAGAGAAAAAUAAUGAACAUCAGAAAGUUCUUGAAAAACCGCUCAAACCUAAAUUCAUCGAAGAUUUGAGAGUAGUCCGCACAGAAUCUGAUGUAAAAAAUAAAAGAAAUAGAGUUAAAAAACCAAAGGCUUCAAAACUUAAAGUUUGCCCAUAUUGUGGAAAACUAUCCAAGUCUCUAGAUUAUCAUAUUUUGAUUCACACAGCUGAAAGAAAGUUCAAGUGUGAUCAAUGUGGAAGUGCAUUUUUCACAUUGUCUGUGUUAAAUUCACACAUUAAGCGUCACGCGGCAAUUAAAAAGUUUAAAUGUGACCAAUGUAUCGCCGCCUUCACCACCGAGGCAGGUUUACGAAACCACACCAUUAUGCAUCAAGAUGAAAAGAAAUACGUGUGCAAUGUUUGCAAUAAAUCAUUUAAAAGGAAACCAAUUUUAACACGGCAUAAGAUGAUACAUAAUUUCGGCAGCAAACCCAUACAGUGUGAACUAUGCCCUAUGACGUUUAAUACUAAGUACAAUUUACGACAUCACAUGCGCGUCCAUACUGGCGAGCGGCCUUUUAAAUGCGAGAUUUGUUCGCAACCGUACAGCUACAAACAUGACUUCAAUAGACACUGUCUUAAGAAGCAUGGCGUAUUUUUGAAACGAAGAUCGGUGCGUGUUAUGAAUGAAGAAGUUUUGCAACAAGAGAGGGCUCUUAUGAGAGAACUGUCACUCAGGGCUCACGGGAUUAUAAAGGCUGGUGAAGUUGAAAACCCAUUUGAUGGACCCCAGGCGGCACUGGCGUACGAACAAGCCAUAAAAGCAAUUGAGGCCAACAAAAUACCAAUAAUAUUCUGAAUUGUUUUUUGUUGUAUGACAACCAAGUCUAUUUCAGUUGCCUUAGGUAUAGGUACUACCUACAUAGAUGUACGAGAAUACUAGAUAGAU